CACAGGCCGCACAGUAGUAGAAGGAUAAAAAACACACACAAAGCAAAUGACUAACAAUUAACUGAAAUUUCGUUUCCUGGUAAAAUGCUUUGCAGUACAGUACCGAAUCACGUGUUUCUUUCCGUUAGGCUUACCCCCCCUAAAUUAGAGCACCGUUCGCUCGAACUGCUUCGUCUGCAUUUUAAUGGCGUCUCAAAGUGGGACCCAUCUCAUUUAAUUUCGGAGCAUAAGUUUAUUGCUAGAGCUGCUUCUGCGUCUGCUUCCCCAAUGGGCUCCGACUAUUCCGAGCAACUGCAGGGAGCGAAAAAACCGAACGUAAAAUCGAAACGAAUAGCUGAUAUUGACCAAGACGAAAUCGAAGAUCCAUCACUUUUAGCCGAUCCCGAUAGCUGUUUCUGCGAAUUCAACGGGGUGCAACUACACCACAAGAUUUGCGAUGCCGACUCAUCGUCUCCAGAUACUCCAAUGCAAGAAUCAGCCAAACGGGUCGAUUUUCCUAUGAUUUUGUUGCAUGGGUUUGGAGCCUCGGUUUUCUCAUGGAACCGUGUAAUGAAACCUCUAGCAAAGGCCACCGGUUCUAAAAUCCUCGCCUUUGAUCGACCGGCCUUUGGACUAACAUCGAGGGUAAAUGCGGUUAAGCAUAAAACCCCCGUUAAUCAAGAUUCGAAACACCUAAACCCUUACUCGAUGAUGUUCUCCGUUUUGGCAACACUCCACUUCAUCGACUUCUUGGCUGCUCAGAAAGUCAUUCUCGUGGGGCACUCUGCAGGUGCCCUCGUAGCUCUAGAUGCGUAUUUCGAUGCACCCGAACGUGUGGCUGCUUUAAUACUCGUCGCACCUGCAAUUCUUGCACCGUUCGCUAUGCAGAGCGUUGUGAAAGGAAAUCAAGAAAGCUCGGGUUCGAAUACUAGCAAGAAUCUAUUUUCCAGGCUUAGCAAUAUUCUAGCAAAGUUCACUAAGAAUAUUGUUCAGGCAAUAGUAUAUACGAUGAAAGGGAUGUCGGAUAUGAUAAGCUCUCUCUACAAGAAAGCUUUGUCGUCAAUCUUGCGCUCUUCACUCGGCUUGACGGUGAUAAGGAUGGUAAUCGAUAAAUUUGGUACGAGAGCCGUUCGGUCUGCAUGGUAUGACUCGAAUCAAGUGUCCGAUCAUGUUUUACAAGGCUAUACAAAGCCGUUGAAGUUAAAGGGCUGGGACAAGGCGCUAGUAGAAUACACGGUGGCAUUGCUCACAGAUUCUGCAUCUGAAUCAAAACCGCCUUUGGCGAAAAGGCUCGGUCAAAUCUCUUGUCCAGUUCUGAUAGUAACGGGCGACACCGAUCGUCUUGUACCGUCUUGGAACGCCGAAAAACUUUCUCGAGCAAUUUCUGGAUCUUGCUUCGAAAUAAUCAAGAAAUGUGGCCAUCUGCCCCAAGAAGAAAAACCCGAAGAAUUUGUCGAUAUUGUCGAUAAAUUCCUGAGACAAGUCUUUGGCGUUGCACAAGCGCCACGCCUGCAAGUAGUGUCUUGAGGUUGGCAUUCAUUAAUGAUGCAGUGAUGUAUUUUGUAAUAACAUAUGUUCUCAAAUAACAAAAUUGCCAUUAAAUAUAUAAAAUGAAAUUACAGAAGAAGUU